GAAAAGACCACAGGAAAUGUUGAGAUUUCCUCUGGAUGUGAGGUGUGUGUUCCAGACAUGCCCGCCAAUUGCUUCUUUCCCAACCACACGGAGUGGGAUUGAAACCAGCUUUGGUUUAGGACUCAUCUCCAGUUGGAAAAAGAAGAGUUUUCAAUUUGUAGUUUUCCACCUAAACAGAUGCUGCGAGAUAAAACAGGAAAAUAAUCUGCGGUUUUGCCAAAUAGGGACUGUAAUUACUUAUCUUCUGAAAAAGACUUCUCAAUUGGAUAUGUUUUUGACCAAAACGUGUUUUACUUGGCACCUUCUUUUUCUUCUCUAAUUUUUUUUGCCACCUAUUAGUCUUCGCUUUGUUAGCAUUUGUGGUCACCCUCCUGUGGUCAUGUAACUGGCUGUGCUUUCAGUACUGGAUCCCUUUCAUCUGGUGAACCAAAUCACCUUUCAGCCCUUCAGAUCUGAUUUUGCCCUCCCUGAGUUCUUACAGCUGCAGGAUUCAGGACUCUGCUAAGGUUUCAGGCAUGUUACGUUGCGUUCUUCAGCGAGCCAACAACUUGAGACACUCUGACCCUCUGGCUAGUGUCACCUUCAGAGGGUCCAAGAAGAAGACAAAGAUCAUCAAAAACAACUCUAACCCUGUUUGGAAUGAGGGUUUUGAAUGGGAUCUAAAGGGGAUUCCUCUGGACUCUGGAGCAGACAUCCACUGUGUUGUCAAAGACCAUGAGAAAAUGGGGAGAAACAGGUUUCUGGGCGAGUGUCGACUGGCUCUCAGAGACGUCCUCAACUCUCCCAACCUGGCUGCAUCCUUCACUGUCUCCCUGCUGGACACCAAGAGAAAUAACACAGGGGCAACGCUGACCUUGCAGGUCUCCUACAUCCCUCCUCCUGGGUCAGUUCCCAUCUUUCAGCCUCCUCACCAGCCAGAAGCCCUGCACCAUAACAACCCCAGUGUGGAACUGGACACGGUCACAAUGAUUUCUCUGGAUACUUUGGGUGAGGAGGAUACAGAGAGUAUGAUAAUGGUGGAGCCUGCCGAGGAACAGGGACCAGACGACGGACGCUCCAUGGUGAUCAUCGGCCCUCAAGGGUCACAGGGAAGGGAAUCUCCCACUACCCAGACACCCAAGCGUUCACCGCCAUCCUACAACACCCAAGGAGGGCUGAGGAAAAGGAGGAGAGGUGCCAGCAAUCAGAGCAAACCACUGCCCAAUAAACCACAAGAUAUACAGAUUCGCAUUCGGGUUAUUGAAGGACGGCAGUUGCCAGGCAUCAACAUAAAACCUGUUGUCAAGGUGUCUGUAUCUGGGCAGACCAAGAGAACUCGCAUCCGAAAGGGCAACAAUCCCUUUUUUGACGAGACGUUCUUCUUGAAUUUCUUUGAGACGCCCUCAGACUUGUUUGACGAGCCAAUCUUCAUUACUGUGUGUGACUCUCGCUCCCUCAGAACUGACGCUGUGAUUGGUGAAUUCAAGCUGGAUGUUGGCACUGUCUACAAUGAACACAGACACUGCUUCUUGAAGAAAUGGCUGCUUCUGUGUGACCCUGAUGAUAUUUCUGCUGGGGUCAGAGGUUAUCUGAAGGUCAGCUUGUUUGUCCUGGCAGCUGGAGAUGAGCCACCGGCUGAUAAACGUGAGUGUGUUGAAGGUAAAGAAGACGUAGAAGGAAACUUGCUGAGGCCAGCUGGUCUGUCUCUGAGAGGGGCCACAUUCACCUUGAGGAUUUUCAGAGCUGAGGACCUGCCGCAGAUGGAUGAUGCCUUCAUGGACGGGAUGAGGCAGAUCCUUGGGUUUGACAGCAACAGGAAAAACUUGGUGGAUCCCCUGGUGGAGAUCCAGUUUGCUGGCAAAACGGUUUGCACGAAGAUUCUGGAGAAGAAUGCCAAUCCACAAUGGAACCAGAGCCUGACUAUGCCUAUUAGAUUUCCUUCCAUGUGUGAAAAGAUGAGAAUCAGAAUUCUAGACUGGGACAGAGCCAGUCAUAACGACGUCAUUGGCACCACCCACCUCUGCAUGUCUAAAGUCUCUGCCCCUGGUGGACAAAUAGAUGAUGACUUGACUCCACGGAGCGUCCACUCUGGCAUUGAUGACAGUCUUGGCUUUUUGCCAACGUUUGGCCCGUGUUUUGUCAACCUGUACGGCAGCCCCCGAGAGUUCACUGCUUUCAACGACCCCCAUGAGGCUCUAAACCUUGGAAAAGGGGAGGGCGUGGCGUACCGAGGUCGAGUUUUACUGCAACUAACCACAAAGCUUGUGGAUAAGCCAGAGCAGAGAACUCAAGACAUAGCAUCAGAUGAUCUCCUGGUGGUGGAGAAGUUUAUGAGGAAGAGGAAGUUCUCUCUCUUCGUAGCCUUUUACUCGGCGACGCUACUCCAGGACGUUGAUGAUGCCAUCCAGUUUGAAGUUAGCAUCGGUAACUACGGCAACAGGUUUGACUACACCUGCCUCCCACUGGCGUCCACUACACAGUUCAGCAGGGCUGUGUUUGAUGGUUGCCACUACUACUACCUGCCGUGGGGAAACGUUAAGCCGGUGGUGGUUCUGUCUUCAGAGUGGGAAGAUAUCAAACCGAGAAUUGAGGCUCUCAACAUGCUCCUGGCUAUUGUGGACAAACUGGAAACAAACCUGCAGCGAGUGCAACUACAAGUGAAGGCAGGCAGUGAUCUGGAGGAUCUGGAGCUCCGAGUUGUCGAGUUGUUGGAUCAGAUCAUCACAGACUGCAGUGAGGAGCUGCCAUCUCUCGACCAGUGGCAGUGUGCUACACCUUUGGAUCGCUCGUUGAGGCACAUCCGUACACUCCAACUGCAGCAUAUUGUCGGGGCGGCACUUGCACUCAAACAUGGACCUGAAACUGAGCUGUCCACGGUCCUGGAGCAGGCAGAGGACUGGGCCAACAGACUGAGGACCAUGGCUGAGGAGCCCCAGAAUAGUCUCCCAGACAUAGUGAUCUGGAUGCUGCAGGGCGAUCGCAGGGUGGCCUACCACCGCAUCCCAGCGCACACUGUCAUCUUCUCCCAGCAGCAUUGUGGCAAACACUGCGGACAGCUGCAGACGGUGUUCCUCAAGUACCCACAGAGCAGUGGAGGAGAGGCCAAACUUCCCGGUCAGCUCAGGGUCAAAGUGUGGUUCGGAUUGGCCGCCGAUGUCAAACACUUCAACCAGUACGCUGAAGGAAAACUGUCCGUCUUUGCUGAGACGUAUGAAAACCAAACUCGACUCGCCCUAGUGGGAAGCUGGGGAACUACAGGUUUGACCUACCCCAAGUUCAGCGAUGUCACUGGGAGAGUUAAACUCCCCAAAGAGAGUUUUAAACCCUCAUCUGGCUGGAGCUGGGCUGGAGACUGGUAUAUCAGCCCUGAGAGGACAUUGCUGUUUGAUGUGGACGCCGGUCACAUGACCUUCACAGAGGAGGUGUUUGAAAACCAGAUGAGGCUGCCGGGCGGACAGUGGAUCGGCAUGCCAGAAGGAUACACCGAUGUGAACGGGGAGAAAGCAGUGCCAAAGGAUGAGGUGGAGUGUCCUCCAGGUUGGGUGUGGGAGGAGGUGGAGUGGAGUGAAGAUCUCAACAGGGCUGUGGAUGAUCAAGGGUGGGAGUACGGCAUCACCAUUCCUCCAGACCGUCGCCCCAAGUCUUGGGUGCCGGCGGAGAAGAUGUACCACACUAACCGCAGGAGGCGAUGGAUUCGGAUGAGGCGACGAGACCAACAGAAGAUGGAUGCUCUGAGAAAGCAGCGUCCAGACGAGGCGGAGAGGGAGGGUUGGGAGUACGCCUCACUUUUCGGAUGGAAGUUCCAUCUGAAGCCUAGGAAGACGGACAGCUUUAGGAGGCGCAGGUGGAGGUGCCGCAUGGAGCCCCUAGAGAAGACUGGACCGGCGGCCAUCUUUGCUCUGGAGUGUUCCCUGAGCAGCAUAGAGGACAAGAAUGAUGACAAGUCAGUCACAACCACAUUUGGAGUCAAUAGACCCACCAUUUCCUGUUUCUUUGACCGUGGAACCCGUUACCACCUGCGCUGUUACCUGUAUCAAGCCAGAGACCUGCUGGCCAUGGACAAAGACAGCUUCUCAGACCCCUACGCUAUUGUGUCGUUCCUCCAUCAGUCCCAGAAGACAGUGACAGUGCGGAACACCCUCAAUCCCACUUGGGACCAGACGCUCAUCUUCUAUGAGGUUGAGAUCUUUGGCGACCUAGAGGCCACGAUGGCCAAUCCCCCCAAUGUCAUGGUGGAGCUCUACGAUCAGGAUACAUACGGAGCAGAUGAGUUCAUGGGCCGCUGUGUGUGCCAGCCGUCCAUGACUCCAUCACCACGCUUGGCCUGGUUCCCGAUACGCAUAGGAGACAAGAACGCUGGCGAGCUCCUGGCUGCGUUUGAGCUCAUACGCAGAGAAAAGCAGUCAAUUCACCAUAUUCCAGGUCAAGAGGGAGACAUUAUGACCUCGACCCAUGUUCUAGAUGAGUUGAUGCUUCCAGGAUUCCUCUCUGAAAAUCUCCAGCAAUGGCCAGAGGAGUCGGACCUCCCAUACCCACCUCCUCAGAGAGAGCCCAACGUCUUCAUGGUUCCUCAGGGAAUAAAACCUGUUCUACAGAGAACUGCCAUCGAGAUCUUAGCGUGGGGCGUCCGUAACCUGAAAAGUUUCCAGUUGGCCAGUGUUACCUCUCCCAGCCUCCAGGUGGAGUGCGGAGGAGCGAUGGUCCAGAGCUGUGUCAUUCACAGUGUGAAGAAGAAGCCAAACUUUGAUGUCAACACACUGAUCCUUGAUGUGAGACUUCCCCGUGAGGAGCUGUACAUGCCCCCAAUUGUCAUCAAAGUCAUCGACAACCGUCAGUUUGGGAGGAAGCCAGUGGUUGGUCAGUGCACCAUUUGGUCGCUGGAAGAGUACCGGUUCAGCCAAGAGGAGGAACAACCUGAGGAGGAGGAUGGAUGGAGACGUGAGAUGCCACAGUUAAUUUCUGGGGAGGUUUUUAUUGACAUUGAUGAUGAGGAGCCUCUCGUUCCUGACCAGCUUGCAGAUGGAGCGAGUUCAGCUAUCAUUAACCUUUCCGUCUCUAGUUCCAGUCUUCAUAUGAUAGAAUGGGGAGAAGAAUUCAUGGACUGGUGGAGUAAGUUCUACGCUUCGACUGGAGAGAAACACAAGUGCGGGACUUAUCUGGAGAGAGGCUUCGACACCCUGAAGGUGUAUGACCAGGAGUUGGAGAAGGUUGAGGAUUUUGAAGGUCUCUCUGAUUUCUGUCAGACAUUCAAACUGUACAGAGGAAAAUCUCAGGAUGAAGGAGAAGAUCCUUCAGUGGUGGGAGAGUUCAAGGGUAUGUUUAAGAUCUAUACCCUGCCAGACGACCCGUCUGUCCCUGCUCCCCCCAGACAGUUCAGAAAACUUCCUUCUAAUGGCAUUGAGGAGUGUUUGGUCCGCGUGUACAUCAUCCAGGCUCAAGGACUGCAGCCCAAAGACACUAAUGGGAAGUGUGACCCCUAUGUGAAGAUUACUUUGGGGAAAAAGACCAUCAGUGACCAUGAAAACUAUAUCCCUUCUUCUCUGGACCCUGUCUUUGGCAAGAUGUUUGAGCUCACCUGCUCCCUUCCGCUUGAGAAGGACCUUCGAGUGUCACUGUACGACCACGACAUGGUCACCAAAGAUGAGAAGAUUGGUGAGACAGUGAUCGACCUGGAGAACCGCUUCCUCUCCAGAUACGGAGCCAUGUGUGGCCUACCACAGUCAUACUGCGUAUCUGGGGUGAAUCAGUGGCGAGACCAGAUGACACCCAGGCAGCUGCUGUGCAGACUGUGUGAGCGUCGAAACCUUGGGAGGCUGGUGUAUGAGGAUGACGCAGUCCGCUUCAGAGGACAGCGAUACACAGCUGCAGACUUGGACGACAAAAAUGUGUCCAAACGUUACCUUGGCCCACUUAAGGAGCGACUCUCCCUUCACAUCUUGAGGACAAUGAGACUAGUGCCUGAACAUGUGGAAACCAGACCACUGUACAGCCCGCUGCAACCUGAUAUAGAGCAGGGUCGUCUGAUGAUGUGGGUGGAUCUCUUCCCCAAGUCUCUGGGACCCCCCGGACCGCCAUUCAACGUCAUGCCACGCAAAGCCAAGAAGUUCUUUCUGCGCUGCAUCAUCUGGAAUACCAGUGAUGUCAUUCUGGAUGACAUCAGCAUCAGCGGGGAGAAGAUGAGCGACAUCUACGUCAAAGGCUGGCUUGACGGGCACGAAUUCAACAAGCAGAAGACAGACGUCCACUACCGCUCCCUGGGCGGAGAAGGAAACUUUAACUACAGGUUCCUGUUUCCGUUCCACUAUUUACCGGCAGAACAGCUGUGUGUCAUUGACAGAAAGGAACAUUUCUGGAGUGUGGACAAAGCUGAGACCAAAUUGGUCCCCAGACUGACCAUCCAGAUAUGGGACAAUGACAAGUUCUCCUUUGACGACUACCUUGGUCACCUGGUGAUGGACCUGAACCACAUGCCACGUCCUGCCAAGACUCCAGAGAAGUGCGACCUGCAGCUGCUCGACCAGCCAGCCGACAAACUGGUGUCUCUGUUUGAGCAGAAGACCGUCAAAGGAUGGUGGCCCUGUACCUGCAACCAGAAUGGAGAGAAGAUCAUCGCGGGGAAGGUGGAGAUGUCUCUGGAGAUAGUGUCCGAACAUGAGCACGGCGAGAGACCUGCUGGCCUUGGCAGAGACGAGCCCAACAUUAACCCUCAUCUGGAGGAGCCCCAGCGCCCAGAGACGUCCUUUCUGUGGUUCUCCUCCCCAUACAAGACCCUCAAGUACAUCCUGUGGAGGCGUUUCAAGUGGUUCAUCAUCCUCUUCAUCAUCCUCUUCUUCAUUCUUCUCUUCCUCGGUGUCUUCCUCUACUCCUUCCCGAACUACGCUGCCAUGAAGAUGGUGGGACCUUUUGGACCUGCCAAAUCAGCGGAGUGAUGAAAGAGAUGAGCACGGGGAGUUGAAAAAUAAGGGGAAAGAAAAAUGAGCAAAUUGUCUGAAUUUCUUGAAUUUCACACCUUAGAAAUCUCCUGUCAUCUUCCUGAAGCUGUGAGUGAUGAACUCACCUGUGACUAGCUCUACUUGUGCCUUCGCUAUUUACAUUCACCAGAACCUCUCAACUGAAUGUGAUGAUGCAUUUUAUUGCUCACUCUUCCCAACAAAUGUCUCAUUGCUCCAGGUGUUUGUUUUCAAAUCAACCUUUUCUGUCAUGCUGCCUUCAAAUACUGUCAGAUUUUUUUCUAACCAUCAUAUCAAAAUUGUUAAAAAUCAUUCAAAGUAUAUGUAUUGGUGUCAUAUAAGAUGUCUUCAGGUGCUGUGGGGUUUCUCCGCUUCAGUCUAAAAUACAGUUUAUUACAGUAUAUUUUAAGUAUAUUUGCUUCCUGCUGCUGAUCUUCCUCCUUCCACCAUUCCUUAUCUCAUGCUCUUCCUCCGAAUUUAUUUCCCUCUUCUUCUUAUCCUCUUAAUCACUUUCUUCUUUUUCUCUCCUUCGAUUUGUCCUUCUCAUAUGUGUCUUCUUUCCUCUUCUUCCUCCUCCUCCUUCACUUCCUUUUGCCCCCUCCUUAUUCUCCUGCUCAUUCAUCCUUCUCUCUAGGCUUCAGACUCUGCACUUUCUUUUACUAUUUCGGCUCCUCCUGUUCUUCAUUUCCCUCUCCUUCUCCCUUUGUCUUCUUUUCUCUUCUUCUACCUUCCAUUCUCACCUCACAUCUCCUCCAGUUUACUUCUUCCAUUUCCUACUUUCCUUCUCUCUAUGCUUCAAACUCUGUUCUUUGCCUUCCUCAUCCUCCUCCCUCUCCCUUGCUUGCAGCACUCUCAGGGUUCAGCAGGUUAAGUCGGGGAUAUGUUCUUGUUGAUCUCGGAGCUUGAGCUUUAUUAGUCAAAGCCCGUUUGGGAUAGAUGUGUCAGCUGAUUAGGACUCAGCGUGGGCUGAUUUCCUGAACACACAGAAACGUGGAAGUGAAAUACUCACACUCUUCUAGACUAGAUUCAGUUCCUGGGGGUGCAUUCACGUCUUCACUUGGUCUGCUUUGGUCACGAUCAGUGUGGAAAAGCUGACUCUGAUAACGAGCCAAGCAGGACUUUUAAAGAAACAGGGCGGUCAGAUGGGCUCACAGGCUGCUCGUUUAAGGGUUUUGGUAACCCAUCAUCCUGCCAGGUCAGAGAGGCUUCAGUUCCAGUGUAUAUCACUGUAAAAAAAAAAACGAAUAGAUUGAAGUCCUGUGUAAGACAAUCUGAAACUAGGUCUUAAUACAGGUGAUUUCCUUUUCGACCCAGCAAAUAUUAUUUUAUUGUAUGUAGUUUUCUUUCCUCACUCUAACAGCUUAUAUGUCUCCCUUCUUCUGGUGUAUUAGGUGGUUUUCCGGUCUGAAACCAUGGAAAUGUUCAUUUCCAAAAAAAAAACAAAAAACUCUGAAACCAUAAGACUUGAAUUCCAAAAGGGUCAAAUUUUCAGAGAUAACUGGGAUUACACCGCAACGUUCUGAGCUUCACUUCUCUCGCUGCCCUGUUGUGCAACUCUGCAACUAACAGUCUGAAAAAUAUGUCUCUGUUUUUGGCCAUUUGGAAUUUCAAGUUGUGGUGUGCUUUUAAUCCCAGAGUUUAUUUUUAGCUGUCAUCUUCUGAGUUUAUGUUUAUGUGACAAACUUUUUUGCCAUACGCGCCAUCAAGAAACUUUUGGAAUCCUUCUUAGAAUGUAAAGAAACUUUUUUAAAGGUGUUUGAUUUAUGCUGCAGAACACUCAGAACAGCCAGAAACAAAGUGCUUGAAGAUUUUUAUUUUUAUUUUCUUCAGGAAUUUAGAGUUUAGAGUUUCUAGCUUCUGUAUUGAUUAUAAGAAAAUUUGAAAAAAAGAAAGGUGUAAGUGAAACUUUGACAAUGAAUGAAGCGUUGUUGAAGCAACAGACUUGUCCAUGUUGGAAAUAGAAAGUCCUGCUGUGUGUGUGUGUGUGUGUGUGUGUGUGUGUGUGUGUGUGUGUAAAAAUGCUUUACAGCUCCUGCUGAUGUGAACACACCUCAAAAUGGAGACAAGUCUGUUGUUCAUAAAGUAAAAUCUGAUCUGGUAAUCUCCAUGUGAGCACUUGAUCUGCUGGUUUCUCUGUGACUGGAAUAAAUCCAUUCUUUCAGAGCUUGUUUGCACGUAGGAUAAACUCCAGGUGACUUCAGAAGUCUUCAGAAGGGACAGAAACAUGGAGGUUGAAAAAUGUGGGAUGUUUGUCAGUGAGCGUUCUGGUCUGUUCUUGUGAAUUGUCUCCAGUUGCUGUUCAGGUGAUUUUCUAACUCAGACCAAGUACAGUCCGAAUACUUGACCCAUCCAGGUAUCACAGAAUGCAUUAAUCAAAGUACACUGCUGUUUCAGUUCCACAGUCCAUACUAUCUGUGCAAGAAGCUUAAUGGCAAUCUUUUUCUACUGUAUGAAUUCAGUGUUCUUAUUCUGUUCUAUUUCCUGAAGAGUUGAUUCUCCACAGCAGCAGAACUACUUUGUUAAUAAGGUUCUACAGUGAUUGAUGCUUUGAUAUGAACACACAUAUUUGACCAGGUCAUUUGAUUUAUAGCCCAUGGAAACACUAAAGACAUAUUGUCCAUUAAAGCGUGGCCAUUGACUCAGCCCUGUUUCUCACAAUUAUCUUGUGUCAGUGAAUGCAGCGUGCCUUUAGACAGUUUAAAAAUAAAAGCAGAAACGUGGUAUGCUUCACAUUUAACAUGAGCACUCUGCUGUCAACUGUGAUAACCUUCCAACGCCUCAGAACUGCACUGAUCAAUGACACAGAGACUCAGUUAAACUGGAAUCUGUUAAAUCCCUGCUGUAGUCAUUGUAAAAUAAGCCUAAACUGUACUGAUGGUGUUUGAAGCUUUGCUGGGAGACACAUGCUGAAUGUAUUUUAAAGCUUCACGGCUUCUCAUCUAAAAAGAGCAAUACACUGUGCAAUGCACCAUGUCAGUAUUAUCAAUAAAACUGCUUUACUGAUCCA